AUGCAAUUCACCAUUGCCGGACUCUUGGCCAUUGCCAGCUUGGCUAGUGCUCAAUAUGCUGGAAUUCCAACUUGCGCUCAAUCUUGCAUCGCUGAUGCAGUAAAAAAGGCCACCACUUGUGGAGCCUCUGAUACUGCUUGCCAAUGCAUACCUGACAACGUCUCGAAGAUUCAAAAUGCUGCUACAACCUGCGUUAUCGACGCCUGUGGUAUUACAGUCGCUCUAACCGUUCAAUCUGCUGCUACCUCAGCAUGUGCUUCUCUUCCUGCCUCGUCGGCCAGUGAACAAACAUCCGCUAGCUCUGUUCCAUCGUCUUCCUAUGUCGCUCCCAGCAGCUCUGCAUCAAUUAUUCCAUCAUCCAGCGCUGUUGCUUCCUAUUCAUCUGCCACCGAGUCUUCGCCUGUAGUAUCUUCCGCUGCUUCGACUGCAGUAUCUUCCGCUGCUUCGACUCCAGUAUCUUCCGUUGCCUCUACUCCAGCAACAACUGCUGUCGUCACCCUCACUCCAAUUACUUCUGGCGUAGCUGCCCCAACUGGUAGCACUGGCUCCAACGCUACUGCACCUUCCACACCGACCUCCUCUAUCACUCCCUAUACCGGUGCUGGAGCUCAAGUUAAAGCCGGUCUAGGAAGUGUUCUUGUCCUCGGUCUUGCCGCUAUCUUUGCCUUCUAG